CAGGCUCUGUGUGUGGGUGGGCGCCAUGGCGCACUCCGGCUCUGGCCUACAGGGCUUUUUGAUGCAGCUGCAGGAGUCCUUGUCCGCCGCGGACCGCUGCAGCGCCGCGAUGGCCGGUUACCAUCUGAUCCGGGGCCUGGGGCAGGAGUGCAUGCUGAGCACCGGCCCCGCUGUGCUGGCGUUACAGACUUCCUUGGUUUUUUCCAAAGAUUUUGGUUUACUUGUAUUUGUUCGGAAAUCACUUAGUAUUGAUGAAUUUCGUGAUUGUAGAGAAGAAAUCCUAAAAUUUUUAUAUAUUUUCUUAGAAAAAAUUGGCCAGAAGAUCACACCUUAUUCUCUUGAUAUUAAGAAUACUUGUACCAGUGUUUACACAAAAGAUAAAGCUGCCAAAUGUAAAAUUCCGGCCCUAGAUCUUCUUAUUAAGUUACUUCAGACUUUGAGAAGUUCUAGACUCAUGGAUGAAUUUAGAGUUGGAGAAUUAUUUACCAAAUUCUAUGGAGAACUUGCCUUGAAAACAAAAAUACCAGAUACAGUUUUAGAAAAAAUAUAUGAGCUCCUAGGAGUAUUAGGUGAAGUUCAUCCUAGUGAGAUGAUAAGUAAUUCAGAACAACUGUUCCGGGCUUUUCUGGGUGAACUUAAGUCCCAGAUGACAUCAACAGUAAGAGAGCCCAAACUACCUGUUCUGGCAGGGUGUCUGAAGGGAUUGUCAUCACUUAUGUGUAACUUCACUAAGUCCAUGGAAGAAGAUCCCCAGACUUCAAGGGAGAUUUUUGAUUUUGCGUUAAAGGCAAUUCGUCCUCAGAUUGAUCUGAAGAGAUAUGCGGUGCCCUUAGCUGGUUUAUGCUUAUUUACCCUGCAUGCAUCUCAAUUUAGCACCUGCCUUUUGGAGAACUACGUUUCUUUGUUUGAAGUGCUGUCAAAAUGGUGUGGCCAUACAAACAUAGAAUUGAAAAAAGCCGCACAUUCAGCUCUGGAGUCUUUUCUGAAACAGGUUUCUUUUAUGGUGGCAAAAGAUGCAGAAAGGCAUAAGAAUAAGCUGCAGUACUUUAUGGAGCAAUUCUAUGGAAUCAUCAGGAACAUGGAUUCAAAUAGCAAGGAUUUAUCAAUUGCAAUUCGUGGAUAUGGACUUUUUGCAGGCCCUUGCAAGGUUAUAAAUGCAAAAGAUGUUGACUUCAUGUACGUAGAGCUCAUUCAGCGCUGCAAGCAGCUGUUCCUCACCCAGACAGAUACUGUUGAUGACCAUAUUUACCAGAUGCCCAGUUUCCUCCAAUCUGUUGCAAGUGUCUUGCUUUACCUUGAUACAAUUCCUGAGGUGUAUACUCCGGUUCUGGAACAUCUCAUGGUGGUACAGAUAGACAGCUUCCCACAGUAUAGUCCAAAAAUGCAGCCGGUGUGUUGUAGAGCCAUAGUGAAAGUUUUCCUAGCCUUAGCAGAAAAGGGACCAGUUCUCUGGAAUUGCAUUAGUACUGUGGUGCAUCAAGGUUUAAUUAGAAUAUGUUCUAAACCAGUCGUCUUUCAAAAGGGUGCUGGGUCUGAAUCCGAAGACUAUCAUACAUCAGAAGAAGCUAGAACUGGCAAAUGGAAAAUGCCCACAUACAAAGACUAUUUGGAUCUUUUUAGAUAUCUCCUGAGCUGUGACCAGAUGAUGGAUUCUCUUUUAGCAGAUGAAGCAUUUCUCUUUGUGAAUUCCUCCCUUCAUAGUCUGAAUCGUUUGCUGUAUGAUGAAUUUGUAAAAUCAGUUUUGAAGAUUGUUGAGAAAUUGGAUCUUACACUAGAAAAACAGAAUGUUGGGGAGCAAGAGGAUGAAACUGAAGCUACUGGUGUUUGGGUGAUCCCGACUUCAGAUCCAGCGGCUAACUUGCACCCUGCUAAACCUAAAGAUUUUUCAGCUUUCAUUAACCUGGUGGAAUUUUGCAGAGAGAUUCUUCCUGAGAAACAUGUAGAAUUUUUUGAGCCAUGGGUUUACUCAUUUGCAUAUGAAUUAAUUUUGCAGUCUACACGGUUACCACUCAUCAGUGGUUUUUACAAAUUGCUUUCUGUUGCUGUGAGAAAUGCCAAGAAAAUGAAGUAUUUUGAAGGAGUUGGUCCAAAGAGUCAGAAACAGUCUCCUGAGGACCUAGAAAAGUAUUCUUGCUUUGCUUUGGUUGCAAAAUUUAGUAAAGAGGUAUCAAUUAAAAUGAAGCAAUACAAAGAUGAACUUUUGGCCUCCUGUUUGACCUUUAUUCUGUCCCUGCCUCAUGACAUCAUUGAACUUGAUGUUAGAGCCUACGUUCCUGCAUUGCAGAUGGCUUUUAAACUGGGCCUGAGCUAUACUCCAUUGGCGGAAGUAGGCCUGAAUGCUCUAGAAGAAUGGUCAGGUUACAUCUGCAAACAUGUAAUUCAGCCCUAUUAUAAGGACAUUCUACCCAGCCUUGAUGGAUAUCUGAAAACUUCAGUCUUAUCAGAUGAGACCAAGAAUAGCUGGCAAGUGUCAGCACUUUCUCGGGCUGCCCAGAAAGGAUUUAAUAAAGUUGUGCUAAAACAUCUGACAAAGACAAAGAGCAUUUCAUCAAACGAAGCACUGUCCUUAGAAGAAGUGAGGAUUAGAGUAGUACGGAUACUUGGCUCUCUAGGAGGACAAAUAAACAAGAAUCUCGUAACAGCUGCAUCAUCAGAUGAAAUGAUGAAGAAGUGUGUGGCAUGGGACAGAGAAAAAAGACUCCGUUUUGCAGUACCAUUUAUGGAGAUGAAGCCUGUCAUUUAUCUGGAUCUAUUCCUGCCUCGGGUCACCGAGUUAGCUCUUUCAGCUAGUGACAGGCAGACUAAAGUUGCAGCUUGUGAAUUUUUACAUAGCAUGGUUAUGUUUAUGUUGGGAAAAGCCACUCAGAUGCCUGAAGAUGGUCAGGGUUCCCCACCCAUGUACCAGCUCUAUAAGCGAACUUUUCCUGUUUUACUUCGACUUGCAUGUGAUGUAGAUCAGGUGACAAGGCAACUGUAUGAGCCACUAGUUAUGCAACUGAUUCACUGGUUCACUAACAACAAGAAAUUUGAAAGUCAGGACACUGUCGCCUUACUAGAAACGAUAUUGGAUGGAAUUGUGGACCCUGUUGACAGUACUUUGAGAGAUUUUUGUGGUCAGUGUAUUCAAGAAUUCCUUAAAUGGUCCAUUAAGCAGACGACACCACAGCAGCAGGAAAAAAGUCCAGUAAAUACCAAAUCGCUUUUCAAGCGACUGUAUAGCUUUGCACUUCAUCCGAAUGCCUUCAAGAGGCUGGGAGCAUCACUUGCUUUUAAUAAUAUCUACAGGGAAUUCAGGGAAGAAGAGUCUCUGGUAGAACAGUUUGUGUUUGAAGCCUUGGUAACGUAUAUGGAAAGUCUGGCCUUAGCACAUACAGAUGAGAAAUCCUUAGGUACAAUUCAACAAUGUUGUGAUGCCAUUGAUCAUCUCAGUCUUAUCAUUGAGAAGAAGCAUGUUUCUUUAAACAAAGCAAAAAAACGACGUUUGCCACGAGGCUUUCCACCUGCGACAUCACUGUGUUUAUUGGAUGUGGUCCAGUGGCUUUUAGCCAAUUGUGGGAGACCCCAGACGGAAUGUCGACACAAAUCCAUAGAACUCUUUUAUAAAUUUGUUACUUUAUUGCCAGGCAACAAAUCCCCUUUUUUAUGGCUGAAAGAUAUUAUCAAGAAAGAAGAUAUUUCCUUUCUCAUAAACACAUUUGAGGGGGGGGGAAGAGGUUGUGAUCGGCCGUCAGGCAUCCUUGCUCAGCCAACCCUCUUCCAUUUGCAAGGGCCAUUCAGUCUCAGAGCUGCCCUGCAGUGGAUGGACAUGCUUCUGGCAGCACUGGAGUGCUACAACACAUUCAUUGAAGAGAAAACCCUGGAAGCACCCAAGGUCCUAGGUACUGAAACACAGUCUUCACUUUGGAAAGCGGUGGCUUUCUUUUUAGAAAGCAUUGCUAUGCAUGAUAUUAUGGCAGCAGGAAAGUACUUUGGCACUGGGGCAACAGGUAACAGACCCAGCCCACAAGAAGGAGAAAGAUAUAAUUAUAGCAAAUGUACAAUUGUGGUCCGGAUUAUGGAAUUUACCACAACGCUCCUCAGCACCUCCCCAGAAGGCUGGAAGCUGCUUGAGAAGGAUGUGUGUAACACAAACCUUAUGAAACUCUUAGUGAAAACCCUGUGUGAGCCCUCAAGCAUAGGUUUCAACAUCGGUGAUGUCGCAGUUAUGAACUGUCUUCCCAAUGUUUGUACCAACCUGAUGAAAGCACUGAAGAAGUCCCCAUACAAAGACAUCCUGGAGAUGCACCUCAAGGAAAAGAUAACAGCACAGAGCAUUGAAGAGCUCUGUGCAGUUGACUUGUAUUGCCCUGAUGCUUGCGUGGACAGGGCCAGGCUGGCUUCUGUCGUGUCAGCUUGUAAACAACUUCAUAGAGCGGGGUUUUUGUGUGUUAUAAUACCAUCUCAGUCUGCAGAUCAGCAUCAUUCUAUUGGCACAAAACUUCUUUCGUUGGUUUAUAAAAGCAUUGCACCUGGAGAUGAACAACAGUGCCUUCCUUCACUAGAUCCCAAUUGUAAGCGAUUGGCCAGUGGACUUCUGGAGUUGGCCUUUGCUUUUGGAGGACUGUGUGAGCACCUUGUGAGUCUUCUCCUGGACACGACAGUGUUGUCUAUGCCAUCCAGAGGAGGGUCCCAGAAAAACAUCAUCAGCUUCUCUCAUGGAGAGUAUUUUUAUAGCUUGUUCUCAGAAACGAUCAACACAGAAUUGUUGAAAAAUCUAGAUCUUGCUGUAUUGGAGCUCAUGAAAUCAUCUGUGGAUAAUCCCAAAAUGGUGAGCAAUGUUUUGAAUGGUAUGUUAGAUCAGAGCUUCAGGGAUCGAACCAGUGAGAAACACCAAGGACUGAAACUUGCAACUAUAAUUCUGCAAAACUGGAAGAAGUGUGAUUCAUGGUGGGCCAAAGAUUCUGCUCCUGAAAGUAAAAUGGCAGUGCUUACCUUGUUGGCAAAAAUUUUGCAGAUUGAUUCAUCUGUAUGUUUUAAUACAAAUCACUGCAUGUUCCCUGAAGUCUUUACAACAUAUGUUAGUCUACUUGCUGAUUCAAAGUUGGAUCUGCAUUUAAAGGGCCAAGCUAUAAUUCUUCUUCCAUUCUUCACCAGUCUUACUGGAGGCAGCCUUGAGGACCUUAAGGUUGUUCUUGAAAACCUCAUCGUUUCUAAUUUUCCUAUGAAAUCUGAAGAAUUUCCCCCAGGAACUCUGCAGUACAGUAAUUAUGUGGACUGCAUGAAGAAGUUUCUAGAUGCAUUGGAAUUAUCUGAAAGCCCUAUGUUGUUGCAGUUGAUGACAGAAAUUCUUUGUCGUGAACAGCAACAUGUUAUGGAAGAAUUAUUUCAAUCUACUUUCAAAAAGAUUGCCAGAAAGAGUUCAUGUAUCACACAAUUAGGCCUUCUGGAAACUGUAUAUAGAAUGUUCAGGAGGGAUGACCUGCUUUCAAAUAUCACUCGCCAAGCAUUUGUAGACCGUUCUCUGCUCACUCUGUUGUGGCACUGUAGCUUGAAUGCUUUGAGGGAAUUUUUUAGCAAAAUUGUGGUGGAAGCCAUUAAUGUGUUGAAGUCCAGAUUUAUAAAGCUGAAUGAAUCUGCCUUUGAUACUCAAAUCACCAAGAAGAUGGGCUACUAUAAGAUGUUAGAUGUGAUGUAUUCUCGUCUUCCAAAAGAUGAUGUUCACUCUAAGGAAUCUAAAAUUAAUCAAGUUUUCCAUGGCUCGUGUAUUACAGAAGGAAGUGAACUUACAAAGACACUUAUUAAAUUGUGCUAUGAUGCCUUUACAGAGAACAUGGCAGGUGAGAAUCAGUUGCUGGAGAGGAGAAGACUUUACCAUUGUGCUGCAUACAACUGUGCCGUUUCUGUUGUCUGCUGUGUCUUCAAUGAAUUAAAAUUUUACCAAGGUUUUCUGUUUACUGAAAAACCAGAAAAGAACUUGCUUAUUUUUGAAAAUCUGAUAGACUUGAAGCGCUGCUACACGUUUCCUAUAGAAGUUGAGGUUCCUAUGGAAAGAAAGAAAAAGUACCUUGAAAUUAGAAAAGAAGCCAGGGAAGCAGCAAGUGGGGAUUCAGAUUGUCCUCGUUAUAUAUCUUCCUUGUCAUAUUUGGCAGACAGUAGCCUGAGUGAGGAAAUGAGUCAAUUUGAUUUCUCGACUGGAGUGCAGAGCUAUUCAUAUAGUUCCCAAGACCCUAAAUCUACCACUGCUCAUUUUCGGAGACAGAAACAUAAAGAGUCCAUGAUCCAAGAUGAUAUCCUGGAGUUAGAGAUGGAUGAACUCAAUCAACACGAAUGUAUGGCAACUAUGACUGCUCUGAUUAAGCACAUGCAGAGAAAUCAGAUCCUCCCUAAGGAAGAAGAGGGUUCAGUGCCAAGAAAUCUUCCUCCUUGGAUGAAAUUUCUUCAUGACAAACUAGGAAAUCCAUCAAUAUCAUUAAAUAUCCGUCUCUUCUUAGCCAAGCUUGUUAUUAAUACAGAAGAAGUCUUUCGUCCUUACGCGAGAUACUGGCUUAGCCCCUUGCUGCAGCUGGUUGUUUCUGGAAACAACGGAGGAGAAGGAAUUCACUAUAUGGUGGUUGAGAUAGUGGUUAUUAUUCUUUCAUGGACAGGAUUAGCUACUCCUAUAGGCGUCCCUAAAGAUGAAGUGUUAGCAAAUCGAUUGCUUCAUUUCCUAAUGAAACAUGUUUUUCAUCAAAAAAGAGCUGUAUUUAGACACAACCUCGAAAUUAUAAAAACCCUUGUUGAAUGCUGGAAGGAUUGUUUAUCCAUCCCUUACAGGUUAAUAUUUGAAAAGUUUUCCAGUACAGAUCCUAAUUCUAAAGACAAUUCAGUAGGAAUUCAAUUACUAGGCAUUGUAAUGGCCAAUAACUUGCCUCCUUAUGACCCAAAAUGUGGCAUAGAGAGCAUAAAAUACUUUCAAGCUUUGGUCAAUAAUAUGUCCUUUGUAAAAUAUAGAGAGGUAUAUGCAGCAGCGGCAGAAGUUCUAGGACUUGUUCUUCGAUAUAUUACUGAGAGAGAAAAUAUACUGGAGGAGUCUGUGUGUGAACUGGUCAUAAAACAGUUGAAGCAACAUCAGAAUACGAUGGAGGACAAAUUUAUUGUGUGCUUGAACAAAGCUGUGAAGAACUUCCCUCCUCUUGCUGAUAGGUUUAUGAACACCGUGUUCUUCCUGCUGCCAAAAUUUCAUGGCGUGAUGAAGACUCUCUGUCUGGAGGUGGUGCUGUGUCGUGCAGAGGAAAUAACAGAUCUGUACUUACAGUUAAAGAGCAAGGAUUUCAUUCAAGUCAUGAGACAUAGAGAUGAUGAAAGACAAAAAGUGUGUUUGGACAUAAUUUAUAAGAUGAUGGCAAAAUUGAAACCAGUAGAACUUCGAGAACUUCUGAAUCCUGUUGUAGAAUUCAUUUCUCAUCCUUCUCCAGUGUGUAGGGAACAAAUGUAUAACAUUCUCAUGUGGAUUCAUGACAAUUAUCGAGAUCCAGAAAGUCAAGCAGAUGACGACUCCCAGGAAAUAUUUAAGUUGGCAAAAGAUGUGUUGAUUCAAGGAUUGAUCGAUGAGAACCCUGGGCUUCAAUUAAUUAUUCGAAAUUUCUGGAGUCAUGAAACUAGGUUACCUUCAAAUACCUUGGAUCGAUUGUUGGCACUAAAUUCCUUAUAUUCUCCUAAGAUAGAAGCACACUUUUUAAGUUUAGCAACAGAUUUUCUGCUUGAAAUGACCAGCGUGAGCCCAGAUUAUUCAAACCCUAUGUUUGAGCAUCCUCUGUCAGAAUGCGAAUUUCAGGAAUAUACUAUUGAUUCUGACUGGCGUUUCCGAAGUACUGUUCUCACUCCAAUGUUUAUUGAGACUCAGGCCUCCCAAAGUGCUCUGCAGACCCGGACCCAGGAAGGAUCCCUCUCAGCUCGAGGGGUAAUGGCUGGGCAGAUACGGGCCACACAACAGCAGUAUGAUUUCACACCUACACAAAAUACAGAUGGAAGAAGCUCUUUCAAUUGGCUGACUGGGAACAGCAUUGACCCACUGGUGGAUUUUACGGUCUCCUCCUCAUCUGAUUCUUUGUCUUCCUCCUUGCUGUUUGCUCACAAGAGGAGUGAAAAAUCACAGAGAGUACCCUUGAAGUCAGUAGGACCUGAUUUUGGGAAAAAAAGGCUGGGCCUUCCAGGGGAUGAGGUGGAUAACAAAGCAAAAGGUACAGACAAUCGGGCAGAAAUAUUAAGAUUACGGAGACGAUUUUUAAAGGAUCGAGAAAAGCUCAGUUUGAUUUAUGCCAGAAAAGGUGCUGUUGAACAAAAACGAGAGAAGGAGAUCAAGAGUGAGUUAAAAAUGAAGCACGAUGCCCAAGUCAUUUUGUACAGAAGUUACCGUCAAGGAGACCUUCCUGACAUUCAGAUUAAAUACAGCAGCCUGAUCACUCCCUUGCAAGCUGUGGCCCAGAGAGACCCAAUAAUUGCAAAGCAGCUCUUUGGCAGCUUGUUUUCUGGAAUUAUAAAAGAGAUGGAUAAAUAUAAGACCAUGUCUGAAAAAAACAACAUUACUCAGAAGUUGCUCCAGGACUUCAAUAAUUUUCUUAACACCACUGUCUCUUUCUUUCCACCUUUCAUCUCCUGUAUCCAGGAAAUUAGUUGCCAACACGCAGACUUGCUGAGCCUCAACCCAGCUUCUGUCAGUGCCAGCUGCCUGGCCAGUCUGCAGCAGCCUGUAGGCGUCUGCCUUCUGGAGGAGGCCUUGCUCCACCUGCUGCCUGAAGAGCCACCUGCCAAGCGAGUUCGAGGGAGACCCUGUCUCUACCCUGAUUUUGUCAGAUGGAUGGAACUUGCUAAACUGUAUAGAUCAAUUGGAGAAUAUGACAUCCUCCGUGGGAUUUUUAAUAGUGAGAUAGGAACAAAGCAAGUCACUCAGAAUGCAUUAUUAGCAGAAGCAAGAAAUGAUUAUUCUGAAGCUGUUAAGCAGUAUAAUGAGGCUCUCAAUAAACAAGAGUGGGUAGAUGGUGAGCCUAUGGAAGCUGAGAAGGAUUUUUGGGAACUUGCAUCCCUUGACUGUUAUAACCAACUUGCUGAGUGGAAAUCACUGGCAUACUGUUCUACAGUCAGUGUUGACAGUGCGAACCCUCCAGAUUUAAAUAAAAUGUGGAAUGAACCAUUUUAUCAGGAGACCUAUCUACCUUACAUGAUCCGCAGCAAGCUGAAGCUACUUCUGCAAGGUGAGGGAGACCAGUCCCUGCUGACGUUUAUUGAUGAAGCUGUGAGCAAGGAGCUCCAGAAGGUCCUUGUAGAGCUUCAUUACAGUCAGGAAUUGAGUCUCCUUUACAUCCUACAAGAUGAUGUCGACAGAGCCAAAUAUUAUAUUGAAAAUUGCAUUCGGAUUUUCAUGCAGAGCUAUUCUAGUAUUGAUGUCCUUUUAGAGAGAAGUAGACUCACCAAAUUGCAAUCUCUACAAACUUUAAUAGAAAUUCAGGAGUUCAUCAGCUUUAUAAGCAAACAAGGUAAUUUAUCAUCUCAAAUUCCCCUUAAGAGACUUCUAAAAACCUGGACAAACAGAUAUCCGGAUGCUAAAAUGGACCCAAUGAACAUCUGGGAUGACAUCAUCACAAAUCGAUGUUUCUUUCUCAGCAAAAUAGAAGAAAAACUGACUCUUCCUCCAGAUGAUCAUAGUAUGAACACAGAUGGAGAUGGAGAUUCCAGUGACAGAAUGAAAGUGCAGGAGCAGGAGGAAGAUAUUUGUUCUCUGAUUAAGAGCUGUAAGUUUUCCAUGAAAAUGAAGAUGAUAGAAAGUGCAAGGAAACAGAAAAAUUUUUCACUAGCCAUGAAACUAUUAAAGGAGCUUCAUAAAGAGUCAAAAACAAGAGAUGAUUGGCUGGUGAAAUGGGUGCAGAGCUACUGUCGACUCAGUCACAGCCGGAGCCAGACCCAGAAUCGUCCUGAGCAGAUCCUUACUGUGUUGAAAACAGUCUCUUUGUUGGAUGAGAACACAUCAAGCUACUUAAGCAAAAAUAUUCCAGUUUCCCGUGACCACAACAUUCUCUUGGGUACAACUUACAGGAUCAUAGCUAAUGCUCUCAGCAGUGAUCCAACUUGCCUUGCUGAAAUUGGGGAAAGCAAGGCUAGAAGAAUCUUGGAACUGUCUGGAUCCAGUUUAGAGAAUGCAGAAGAGGUGAUCGCAGGUCUAUACCAGAGAGUGUUGCAUCACCUUUCUGAGGCCGUGCGGAUAGCAGAGGAGGAGGCCCAGCCUUUCACUAGAGGCCAGGAACCUGCAGUUGGGGUGAUAGAUGCUUACAUGACACUGGUGGAUUUCUGUGACCAGCAGCUCCGCAAGGAGGAAGAGAGUUCAUCAGUUACUGAGUCUGUACAACUGCAGAUGUAUCCAGCCCUUGUGGUGGACAAAAUGUUAAAAGCUUUAAGACUGCAUUCCAGUGAAGCCAGGCUGAAGUUUCCCAGACUACUGCAGAUUAUAGAACAGUAUCCAGAGGAGACCCUGAGCCUAAUGACCAAAGAGAUUUCUUCCAUUCCUUGCUGGCAGUUCAUUGGCUGGAUCAGCCACAUGGUGGCCUUACUGGACAAAGAGGAAGCUGUCGCUGUCCAUCGCACAGUGGAAGAGAUUGCUGAUAACUAUCCACAGGCGAUGGUCUACCCAUUUAUAAUAAGCAGUGAAAGCUAUUCCUUCAAAGAUACUUCUACUGGUUAUAAGAAUAAGGAGUUUGUGGAAAGGAUUAAAAUUAAGUUGGAUCAAGGAGGAGUGAUUCAAGAUUUUAUUAAUGCCCUAGAACAGCUCUCUCAUCCUGAAAUGCUCUUUAAGGACUGGACUGAUGAUAUCAAAGUUGGACUAGAAAAAAACCCUGUAGAUAGAAAAAACAUUGAAAAGAUGUAUGAAAAGAUGUAUGCAACCUUGGGAGACCCACAGGCUCCAGGUCUUGGGGCUUUUCGAAGAAGGUUUAUUCAGGCUUUUGGAAAAGAAUUUGAUAAACACUUUGGGAGAGGAGGUUCUAAGCUACCUGGAAUGAAGCCCCGUGAAUUCAGUGAUAUUACCAACUCACUAUUUUCAAAAAUGUGCAAAGUCUCAAAGCCACCUGGGAAUCUGAAAGAAUGCUCGCCCUGGAUGAGUGACUUCAAAGUAGAAUUUUUGAGAAGUGAACUGGAGAUUCCUGGUCAGUAUGAUGGCAAGGGAAAACCAGUGCCAGAAUACCAUGCACGAAUUGCUGGGUUUGAUGAGCGGAUAAAAGUAAUGGCUUCUAUGAGAAAACCAAAGCGUAUCAUCAUCCGAGGCCAUGAUGAGAGAGAGUACCCUUUCCUUGUGAAGGGAGGUGAAGAUCUGAGGCAGGACCAACGCAUCGAGCAGCUCUUCGAGGUCAUGAAUGUCAUCCUUUCCCAAGAUGCUGCCUGUAGUCAGAGAAGCAUGCAGCUAAAGACAUACCAGGUCAUACCCAUGACCUCCAGAUUAGGACUAAUUGAAUGGAUUGAAAAUACUUUUACCUUGAAGGAACUUCUUUUGAGUAACAUGUCACAAGAGGAGAAAGCAGCUUGUACAAGCGAUCCCAAAGCACCACCAUUUGAAUAUAGAGACUGGCUGACAAAGAUGUCUGGGAAAUCUGAUGUUGGUGCUUACAUGCUAAUGUAUAAGGGAGCUAGUCGUACUGAAACAGUCACAUCUUUUAGAAAAAGAGAAAGUAAGGUGCCAGCCGAUCUCUUAAAGCGGGCCUUUGUGAAGAUGAGUACCAGCCCUGAGGCCUUCCUGACACUCCGCUCACACUUUGCCCGCUCUCACGCUUUGAUAUGCAUUAGUCACUGGAUUCUGGGCAUUGGAGAUAGACAUCUGAACAAUUUCCUGGUAAGCAUGGAGACAGGUGGAGUGAUUGGAAUCGACUUUGGACAUGCAUUUGGAUCAGCUACUCAGUUUCUGCCGGUCCCUGAGUUGAUGCCUUUUCGUCUAACUCGCCAAUUUAUCAAUCUGAUGUUACCAAUGAAAGAAACAGGUGUUAUGUACAGUAUCAUGGUGCAUGCACUGAGAGCCUUCCGCUCACAGUCCAACCUGCUUGCUAACACCAUGGACGUGUUUGUAAAGGAGCCUUCCUUCGACUGGAAAAAUUUUGAACAGAAAAUGCUAAAAAAAGGAGGAUCAUGGAUUCAAGAAAUAAAUGUAACUGAAAAAAAUUGGUAUCCCCGGCAGAAAAUACAUUAUGCUAAGAGAAAGUUAGCUGGUGCCAAUCCAGCAGUUAUUACUUGUGAUGAGUUACUUCUGGGCCAUGAGAAGGUAGCUGCAUUUGGAGAUUAUGUGGCUGUAGCACGAGGAAGCGAAGAUCACAAUAUCCGUGCCCAAGAACUGGAGAGUGACCUUUCAGAAGAAGCUCAGGUGAAGUGCUUGAUUGACCAGGCAACAGACCCCAACAUCCUUGGCAGAACUUGGAUAGGAUGGGAGCCCUGGAUGUGAGGUCUGUGAGAGUCAGUGGAUAAAAAACAUGAAAGUGUUUAAAGAAUCUUCUAAACUUUUAUGUACAGCAAUCAGUGAGCUGAUUUUCUUGACACACUAAAGAAAUCUGUUUAAUGAUACAGUCUUCUAGCAGGAGUUUAAUAAAGAUCAUGGUGAAUAUUGGUAUGAAUGAAUGAUUAGGUAUAAUCAAAGAUUAGGCUAGGGUUAUAAUAGACAUAAUAGAAAAAUAAAUAUCCAGGCUUAUACAGGUAUUAAAUCAAGAAUAUAGCAUAUUACAAGUGCUACAACUUAGAUAAACCAGCUAUCUUAAUAAAUGGUGUAAGUGUGAGCAUUCCCUGCAGUGUUCUCCUUGGUGGUCAUGGCACAUUGGAAAUAACACCCAGAGACUUCAUCACUGAGACUCCGUGAGAGUAAAGCCAACAGCAUAACUGAUAUGAAGUUACAUUAUAUUAGCAGCACAGGAGUAAUAACAAUAAGUAAAGCUAGGAUUGUGGCUUAUUAUAUUUAAAAAUGAUUAUGUUUGAUAUUUUAGGAUAUUUUUGUAGGUUUUUUUCUUUUGUUUUCUUCUAGUUUUGACAUUGUAUGUUUUCUAGACUAGAAGGUAUUUAGGAGAUAAAGACCUUGGUCUUAACACUUAUUUUCAUUACUCUGAUCCCCAACAGGAAGACAGAUAAAAAUGGUUUGCAUCCCAGAUUAGGGAUAACUUCAGAAAUUCCAUGUAUUAUAAUAGGGAUAGCACUAAGCUUUCCGUUCUAGGAAAAUAAAGGAAAUCUCUAUUUGAAAUGAAUUCCUUAUUUGGAGAGAAACAUGCAUUUUAGACAGCAAGAUCAAAUUAAUGGAUACAAAAAUGGCUUCCUUUUCAUUCACGGAAUCUCUGCCCCUCCUCUAAUCCUCCGCACACCUGGUACUGUUUUCAGGUUGGCUUUGAGCUUUUUAAUAGAAGAAAAUUUCAAACAUUUAUUUUUGGAAACUCUUGCAUGAUUUUGAGAAAUAAUAAUCUUGAAAUAUGGAACGUUGGAGUUUUUCCCCAAAGUAGUGUAUAGCUCUUACACAGUUUCAAAAGCAAAACGUUCAUCUUAUAUUUCAUUAUGUUACUUGACAAAUUUAUUCUGAUAAAUACAGACUGACUGCAUUAUGGCAUUAAAAAUAAACCUUAUGUUCUCAGCAGAUGGUAUCUAUUCAACCAAAGAAACUGCAUCUUUAAAGAAAAAUAAGUGAUCAUGUGUGUGAAAACCCAGUAUACACAUACAUGAUCUAGUAAAUAUGUUUUGCUGCAGCACAAAAACAAUCAAAACAAGCCUACUUUGGAAUUGAGCCGAUUAUAAUAUAUUGUUUUCUGUAACAACUAAUUAACCAUAAUUUUCUCUUGAGUCUUGAUAAUGCAGGAUGUAUUCAUUAACUAGAUCCCCAUAUUAUGGGAAACUGUUUUUUAAUGACUAUGUUUCAUAUCAAUAAAAGUUCAUUGUUCCAAGA